GGAAUAGAGAACAGGUGAGUAACUGACAAACAUUUGUUUUGAGUGGGACAUUGUACAGAGUCUUCCAUGACUUACUUUGGCCACGGCUCCUUCCUCUUUCCCUAUCCCCAACGACCCCUCUAUAUAACUGCCCCAAUCCCUCCAUCCCUCACCAUUCACCAUUCACCAUUCACCUUCACCUUCACCUUCGUUAAAACACACACACUACCACCUUAAACAAUAACACUUCCUCAAUUCCCUUUCUAUCUUCUAAAUUCCCUCAAUGGCGGCUUCCGUGGACAACCGUCCGUACACUUCCUUCCAACACGGCGUCCUUCGAACCUUCAAGCCAAUCCCCGACAUACCGCGUCCUAAGAACAAAAAGCUACCCCAACCACUACCACAACCACCCUCCGAUUCCUCAAGCGACGACGAAGUUUCCAACUACAACCAUCUCAUUCAAAAGUCAAGUGCUGAAGUCGAAGCCUCCAUCUUCGACCCACGCGACGACGGUACCUCCGACCAAUGGAUCCAACGGAACGCUUCCCUGCUCCGUCUAACAGGCAAGCACCCCUUCAACUCCGAACCACCCCUCCCUCGCCUCAUGCACCAUGGCUUCAUAACCCCCGUUCCCCUCCAUUACGUGCGCAACCAUGGGCCCGUUCCCCGGGCCCGCUGGGAAGACUGGACCGUCGAGGUCACGGGCCUAGUGAAACAGCCCACUCGCUUCACCAUGGACCAACUGCUCCACGACUUCCCAAGCCGCGAGUUCCCCGCCACACUAGUCUGCGCGGGGAACCGCCGCAAGGAACAGAACAUGGUGAAACAGAGCAUCGGCUUCAACUGGGGCGCUGCUGCCAUCUCCACUUCGGUGUGGCAGGGUGUACCGUUGCGUAGCCUGCUCAAGCGCUGUGGGAUUUACAGCCGCACCAAAGGGGCACUCCAUGUGUGCUUUGAAGGCGCAGAGGAUCUGCCAGGUGGCGGUGGGUCCAAAUAUGGGACGAGUAUCAUGAGGGAGGUUGCACUUGAUCCCUCCCGCGACAUCAUCAUCGCUUACAUGCAAAACGGUGAGCUUUUGACCCCCGAUCACGGUUUCCCCGUUAGGAUGAUAAUACCCGGUUUCAUUGGUGGCCGCAUGGUGAAAUGGUUGAAGCGCAUCAUUGUCACUACCCAGCAAUCUGAUAGUUAUUACCAUUACAAGGACAACAGGGUACUCCCCUCUCACGUUGAUGCCGAGCUUGCCAAUGCAGAAGCUUGGUGGUACAAGCCAGAGUAUAUUAUCAACGAGCUCAACAUAAACUCCGUCAUAACUACGCCGUGCCACGAUGAGGUCUUGCCCAUCAACUCCUGGACUACUCAGAGGCCUUAUGUACUCAGAGGUUACGCGUAUUCCGGAGGUGGGAGAAAGGUAACACGUGUUGAGGUGACCCUGGACGGUGGGGAAACGUGGCAAGUGGGCACCUUAGACUGUCCGGAGAAGCCCAACAAAUAUGGAAAGUACUGGUGCUGGUGCUUCUGGUCCUUGGAGGUGGGGGUGUUGGACCUGCUUGCUGCCAAAGAAAUUGCGGUGCGCGCUUGGGACGAGGCCCUCAACACCCAGCCUCAUAACCUCAUUUGGAAUGUUAUGGGCAUGAUGAACAACUGCUGGUUCAAAGUGAAGACAAAUGUGUGCAGGCCUCACAAGGGUGAGAUUGGGAUAUCGUUCGAGCACCCCACACAACCAGGUAACCAAUCUGGUGGCUGGAUGGCAAAAGAAAAACAAAUGGAGAAAUCAUCACACUAUAAUCCAACUCUAAAAAAGAGUGUUUCCUCACCCUUCAUGAACACUUCCUCAAAAACCUUCUCCAUCUCCGAAGUCAAAAGGCACAACAACGCCGACUCCGCUUGGAUCAUCGUUCACGGCAACGUCUACGAUUGCACCCGCUUCCUCAAAGACCACCCUGGCGGCACCGACAGCAUCCUCAUCAAUGCCGGCACCGACUCUACCGAAGAGUUCGAAGCCAUCCACUCCGACAAAGCCAAAAAAUUGCUCGAAGAUUACCGAAUCGGCGAGCUCAUGACCACCGGCUACACCUCUGAUUCAUCCAAUUCAUCGCCAAAUAACACCGUGCAUGGCAAUUCUGACACCAUCCAUUUAGCUCCCAUCAAGGAAAUUACACCACUUCGCAGCGUGGCGCUUAUCCCACGGGAGAAAAUCCCAUGCAAGCUCCACUCCAAAACGUCCAUUUCCCACGACGUUAGGCUCUUCCGUUUUGCGUUACCCUCGGAGGACCAACUCUUGGGUUUGCCAGUAGGGAAACACAUAUUUUUAUGUGCCACCGUGGACGAGAAGCUAUGCAUGCGAGCUUACACUCCUACUAGUAGCGUAGACGAAGUGGGGUACUUCGAUCUAGUCGUCAAAAUUUACUUCAAAGGGGUGCACCCAAAGUUCCUAAACGGUGGGCUCAUGUCUCAACACUUGGACUCGCUUCCUAUUGGCUCUGUCUUGGACGUGAAGGGCCCACUGGGCCACAUAGAGUACACUGGUAAAGGCAACUUUGUGGUUCAUGGAAAACAAAAGUUUGCCAAGAGGCUAGCCAUGCUGGCUGGUGGGACCGGGAUCACACCCAUUUACCAAGUGGUUCAAGCGAUUCUUAAGGACCCUGAGGAUCAAACCGAGAUGCACGUCGUGUAUGCGAACCGAACGGAGGAUGAUAUAUUGUUGAGGGAAGAGCUUGAUGCGUGGGCUAAGAAGCAUGAUAGGUUGAAGGUGUGGUACGUGGUACAAGAAAGCAUAAGAGAAGGGUGGGAAUACAGUGUAGGGUUCAUCACGGAGAGUAUUUUGAGGGAGCAUCUCCCACAUCCAUCUUCUGAUACGUUGGCGUUGACCUGUGGGCCACCACCCAUGAUUCAGUUCGCAGUGCAGCCGAAUUUGGAGAAGUUGGGCUACGACAUCAACAACCAAUUGCUCUUGUUUUAGGGGACUCGGUACUAUGCUGUAUGUGUAUAUAUCUUAUUUUAUAUAUAUAAAUAUAUAGUUCUAUUAGCUUUUUUUCUUUCGUUUUUUUUUAAUCUAUCGAUUUUUAAACAAAUGUGUAUAUAGACAGCUAGCUAGCUCUGUAAGUUUACUUUUCCUCCUCGUCGAGUUUUGAUAUAGACAAGUAAGUCAAUGUCUUGACUACUUUUUCUAUCUAUAAAAUAAAAUGUAAGUUGCAAGUGGAACUAUCAUUAUUCGAUAAAUUAUUUAGCAUUUGUUUUCAUACCCGUCAAAGAAGGGGGAAUGAUUAUUGUCCUUAUUCAAUUUAGAUAUCCAACCCUUUUUUUUUAGUUGAGAUAAAUUUUGAAUCUCAUUUAAUAAAAUCAAUUUUAAU